GGGCUGUUGAAAACCAGCGGGGUGGGGGGAGGUGCUGAGCAGAGAGAGAGAGAGAGAGGGACUGGAGGGAGAAACAGGAAAGGGAGGCGGGAGAGAGACUCUGGGCUGCUGGUGCUGCUGCUGCUGCUGUGUGGCUGUUUCUUCACUCACUGGCUGGCUUGGUACCGGCUCCCUCGCCCGCCCGCCAGCCCGCCUGGGAAAGUGGGUUACGGAGCGAAGGAGCUCAGCUCAGACACCGGCAGAGGAGCAUCCAGCCACUGAGAGACCAGAGAAGCACUCCAUCCUUUGGCAUCUUUCUUUCAUCUUUUUUAGAGGGUUUUAUAUUUGCACUCUCUUUUAAAAUUUUGUUCCUUUGACUUUUCCUCGGUCUGCUUGGGUUUUAUGAAGGCUUUGUUAAGUCUUAGAGGGGAAAGGCACUGAGCGAGGGCGAGAGAGAGAGAGAGAGAGAGAGGCAAAGUGCAAAGGACCACAAACUGGACAAGCCCGUUCUGCCUCCCCUGUUGAUGAAAGCCCUGCAUUUGUAAAGCCCUCUCCGCGGCGCCAGCGCGCACACACACCCCUCCAGAGUACACCGCGGACCCGCAACUCGGCGUGGCCACCAUGGUCGGGAGAGUUCAGCCUGAUCGGAAACAGUUGCCGCUGGUCCUACUGAGAUUGCUCUGCCUUCUUCCCACAGGACUGCCUGUUCGCAGCGUGGAUUUUAACCGAGGCACCGACAACAUCACCGUGAGGCAGGGGGACACGGCCAUCCUCAGGUGUGUGGUAGAAGACAACAACUCCAAGGUGGCCUGGUUGAACCGUUCCGGUAUCAUUUUCGCUGGACAUGACAAGUGGUCUCUGGACCCCCGGGUUGAGCUGGAGAAACGCCAUUCUCUGGAAUACAGCCUCCGGAUCCAGAAGGUGGAUGUCUAUGAUGAGGGUUCCUAUACUUGCUCAGUUCAAACACAGCAUGAACCCAAGACCUCCCAAGUUUACUUGAUUGUGCAAGUUCCACCAAAGAUCUCCAACAUCUCCUCGGAUGUCACUGUGAAUGAAGGCAGCAAUGUCACCCUAGUCUGCAUGGCCAAUGGCCGUCCUGAACCUGUUAUCACCUGGAGACACCUUACACCAACUGGGAGAGAAUUUGAAGGAGAAGAAGAAUAUCUGGAGAUCCUCGGCAUCACCAGAGAGCAGUCAGGCAAAUACGAGUGCAAAGCUGCCAAUGAGGUCUCCUCGGCAGAUGUCAAACAAGUCAAGGUCACUGUGAACUAUCCUCCCACUAUCACAGAAUCCAAGAGCAAUGAAGCCACCACAGGGCGACAAGCUUCACUCAAAUGUGAGGCCUCGGCAGUGCCUGCACCUGACUUUGAGUGGUACCGGGAUGACACCAGGAUAAACAGUGCCAAUGGCCUUGAGAUCAAGAGCACAGAGGGCCAGUCCUCCCUGACGGUGACCAACGUCACUGAGGAGCACUAUGGCAACUACACCUGUGUGGCUGCCAACAAGCUGGGGGUCACCAACGCCAGCCUCGUCCUUUUCAAGCGUGUUUUACCCACAAUUCCCCACCCCUUUCAAGAAAUUGGCACCACCGUACACUUCAAGCAAAAAGGACCUGGGUCGGUGAGAGGAAUAAAUGGAUCCAUCAGUCUGGCCGUACCACUGUGGCUGCUGGCAGCGUCUCUGCUCUGCCUUCUCAGCAAAUUUUAAUAGAAUACAAAUUUAAAAAUAAUUCAAAAAAAAAAAAACACACAAAAAUGCGUCACACAGAAUAUGGAGAGAGAGAGAGAGAGAGCGAGAUGGGGGGAGACUGUUUAUUUCACAACUUUGUGUGUUUAUAAGUGAAGGGGGAAAAAAAAGAAAAUGAAGAAGAAAAUACACAUUGAAAGCAAUUUUAAAGUCCAUCAAUAAACAUUUGAGCAUAAUUCAGGGUGGAAAAGUUCUACCAGGAAAUGUGUGUAUCUACUAAGCAAACAUACGCUGCGUAAAGACUACAUCAUGCUAAGCACAUCGGGAUGUUGUGAAAAUAAAGAUAAGAAGACCUAGAUGGAUAUUAACCCCCUCACACACACACACUUUAUCCUUCCUUCCUUCAUCCUUUUUCAUCAGUGGGGAAAAAAAAAAUAAGGUCUUGCCUUUGGUGUUUAUACUUCCAUAAUCUCUUUUUCUUCUGUUUUCCAUUUGAGCUGACAUGUAGCUAUUUCAGACUAUCAAUGGAAUCCGAUGUUAAACAUUUAUCAGACUUUCCUGCCUACACUCGCUCUCCAACUUUCAAGAUCAUCCCCUCUCCUUCCAAUGUGUUCUGUCUCCCCCACACCUAACCCAGAUAUUUUCUUUUUAUCACCACCACCCCCUUCAUCCCCACCUCGCCCGGAGCACUAAUCAUGCCGCAAAUGCUAGAAAGUGCCAUUUUAAUUUUCUCCACUGUGCGCGUGUGCUCGUCUCUCGCUCUCACGUGGGUGUACAUGUGUGUGAGCGUGUGUGUCUCUCUCUAAAGCAUGCCAAGGGAAUGGUCCAUGUGUACAUAGACUCAUUGUGCUGUAGAUACUGUCCUGCAUUGUAAUCGUGAGAUGCGGCUGUAACAAGUUGCUGGGGGAGAUGGCGGGGAAGGAGGCAAGGAGCAGAGUCCCUCCCCCCAUCCAUGGCUGUCAUAUGACAUCAGUGUGUUUUCCAAUCAAGCUGUGCUCUUUCCAAGGGCAGGACCCCAUAUUCCUUCUAGUCCCAUCAUCAGAACCCAGUCGGGAGUCACUCAGAAUAUCACUGUCAAUGAAAGUGCCUACUAUCGAUGGGGUGAGCAAACAGUAGAAAGAAUCAGUGAUGUGGGUGAGGUGACCUAGGAAAGAAGGCUUCAGAUCUCACUCUUGUUCUACAAGUCUGAGGGAUUUGUAGAUUUCCUAGCUUUUUCCAGGCUGGGCUCUAGUCUCCUGUGGGAGUGACCAGCGUGUGUUGUACGAAUCCCCAGACACCAGCAGGUCUCCAGUUGUUAACUCCCAGCAAUGAUGCCUCAUGGAUGAGCCACAUGGAGAUGCUAAGCAGCCCUGUUUUGCUUCCUCCCUAGUUUUCAAAUAACACUGCUUUUGCCCCAUGGAUUCUCCUGAGCAGAGAUUGUUUCCUGUUUCAGAUAAAAUACAGUGAGCGUGAGCAAGGCAGGAAAAGUGGACCGAUGCCCUGGUUUCCUACCCGUAUUCCAGAGAAACUGUCAGAGCUCUACUGCUAAGUAUUGACCACAACAGAAAAGAGCUUACUUCUUGUGCUCCUUUGCAGAUUUCUGUCCUGGUGCUCUCUAGUCUAAUACUUUACCUGCUGGCCCACAGUAUCCUUCUUUUGUUCUACUGAUGGUGGGUGGUGUUUGCAAAGUUAUUGUUCAUGGUGGUGGGUCAUAAUCCUAGGCCAGGCUAUUGGUGAAUCCCUUCCCUGCUCUAUUUAAAUUUGCAUCUACAAGAGUCACCUUGACAUUAGCCUUGAAGUGUGAGCUAGUCCCUUAACUGAAGAGCUGAGCCACUUGCAAAACUUUAGGCAGAAGCUGUAUGAGAACCACAAAGCUUGGCAUCGCCAAGAUGUCAGAAAGAGUUUGUUCGGAAAGUUCUUGCAGGGAGAAUUGGUUCUCUGUACGUAGCUACCAUUGUCAGGAAACCAAUGAUUGCUCCAACUCACACUGUAGGAGGCAUUGGAAGUGGCCCUGCUUAUGAAAGGACAGAGAUUAUUAUUAUUGAAAUCAUGCUUUAAUGUAAUCCUACAGAGCCAAAUAGGGUACCUCAUUAAGUUUUGAAAACUUGUCUGUCACAUGGCAUAAAAUGAACAAAUCCAUAACUGCCAAAAAAAAAAAAAAAAAAA